GGUCAUUUGAGUAAACCCCCAUAUAUAACUACAUGUGGCCCUGAUACCAACCUCAAAUUCCAAAAUUCCAACAUCCCAACAUUCCUCAUCACGAACCUUUCCGCCCCCAAGUCGCGUCUCCCCUCCCCAAAUCACCCUCCAACAAAAAACCACGUAACACACAAUGUAACCACCCACCACAAACCGCGCCUACCUCACAGCCACACCAAUCAAAAAGCAUGCGCCAUCUCAUCCCAAUUCGCCAAUCAAAAUGGGUUGUUCCACACAUAUUCCAGGAGGAUGGCUUCCGACGUUUCGCAGGGGAAAUUGACUCUCUUCCUCACGCAUUAAAGUAAAUUGGGUUACCAGCCAAUCUUUCUUUCUUUUUCCAUUUCUCGAGAUGGUUGUUACUUUAGCGAAAGGGAGAUGGAGAAAAAACAGGAAGGCAGGAUAAAGUAUGAGAGGUAAAGAGGAGUUUUCAUCACCAUUCCAAUGCAUGAAGUAUCAAGCAUCCAGCCUCGUAUCCAACAACCAACCACACAUCAAAAUGUGGUAACAAAUCCCCCCCAGAAGGAAGCACAAAGUCACCAAAACAGGUUUAGCGACUGCCCCCUCGGGAUCAGGAGCAAGCAUAUCCGAGUCUGCGGCUCGGUAGAGGAGGCAGUGGAAAGAAAGUGAGUGGCAGUGUACGAGUAAAUUGUGAAUCAAUCUCCCCAGCAGUGUUUGUGGCGUACGAGCUCAAAAGGACCUUUUGGACCCCGACCAGAACCUGUCCUCAAUCUCUCAUCAAUCUCAACUCUCUUUCUUCCUCCUUCAUCCGUACACAAUCUUGCUACCGUCUCUUCCAUUUCCCAUCUUCAUCUCGUACAGUAUCUCUUGAAACUUAAACCAUCACAUUCGUUUUCAAUUGAACCUUCCAAUUUCCAUACGACCGCAAAUAUGCAGUUCAACUCAAUCCUAUUCAUGGCAGCUGCCACUAUCGUGUCCGCUCAGAACUUUGCCGGUAUCCCAACUUGUGCUGUAAGCAGUCCUCCCAUCUCUUCUAGCCACCAAAUCGCCCUUUACAAAGAAAGCUCGACUAACAUCCCAACAGCAAGAAUGCAUCAGAAGCUCCAUUACCUCCGCAGGCUGCGCCUUGACCGACGCAAGCUGCCAAUGCAGUCCAUCCGCCUACGUAUCCAUCCAAAACUCCGCCAGCUCAUGCCUCAUCAAGAGCAACGCAUGCAAACCCGAUGAGCUCGCAACCGCUGCGAACAACGGAGCCAAAUUAUGUGAUCAAUUCCGUGCAUCGGGUGGUGUAGCUUCAAACGCGACCGUGACUGCUGUAGGAACCGGCGGAACUAUUGCACCAACUUCCAAUGGCACUGCUCUCUCGACAAGCGCCAGACUUACUGCAACCUCUACUUCAACUACGAGACCUUCGAGUACUGGAGGUUCGGGUUCUACAAGCCCUUCGUCCUCUUCGAGUAGAGCGGGUGCUGCUCCAACGUUGAUUGCGGGCCUUGGAAGCGUUAUGGGGAUUGUUGGUGGAAUGAUCGCUGCCUUGUAAGAUGAUUGUAGAAGUGAUGUAUUUGGGGUUGGGAGACUGUAUGAAAAAUUGCGAUUGGGAAGAGGAAAUCGCGCCUAAUAUUUGGGACGGGAAAGUUGGGAUUUAAUCUGGGAGUUUGUCGAAAUGAUGAGAUGACGGGGAGUUGUAAUAUGAAUAAAGAAGAAUGAUGAAAAGAAAUAUUUUUACUUUG